AGUCAAGAAGACAAUUAUUGAGAAAUCUGUAUGAAGAGAAUACAUGUUUUCUGGUUUUGGUCAAUUUUAUUGGCGGAUAGAGAAGGAUGAUGGCAGGCAAUAACCAGCUUUGCAUUCGACGUUGGACUACCAAGAACGUGGCCAAGUGGCUGAAGGAAGAAGGCUUCUGUGAAUAUGUGGAUGUUUUGUGCAAUAGACACAGGCUAGAUGGAAUUACACUGCUGACACUUACUGAGUAUGACUUACGAUCCCCUCCUUUGGAAAUCAAAGUCCUGGGGGACAUCAAAAGGCUAAUGUUGUCCAUACGUAAACUACAGAAGCAACAUAUCGAUGUCCUGGAAGAGCUGGGUUACAACAGCGAUAGUCAUGUUGGCACAGCGUGCCCAAGUGUUGCUUCACUACAGGGUACAGAUUGGUUUUGUAAUGGUGAAGUACCUCGGGACUAUGAUGGAGCAAUUACUGACUUGAAUGGUGAUCAGUGUCAAUAUGCAAACGGAAAAAACAAACACGCUACCCGAAGACUGGACCCGGAGUACUGGAAGACUGUUUUAAGUUGUGUUUAUGUCUUCAUAGUGUUUGGCUUUACAUCAUUUGUUAUGGUUAUAGUACAUGAGCGAGUACCUGACAUGCAAACAUAUCCACCUCUACCGGACAUAUUUCUAGAUAGCGUCCCUAGGAUACCAUGGGCUUUUGCUAUGACUGAAGUAUGUGGCGUAAUUCUUUGCUACAUUUGGCUGUUGGUUCUUCUGCUUCACAAACACAGAUCUAUACUUCUGCGAAGGCUGUGCAGCCUCAUGGGGACAGUAUUCUUACUACGUUGCAUUACAAUGUUUGUUACCUCACUCUCUGUGCCAGGCCAGCACUUGCAGUGUACUGGAAAGUUGUAUGGCAAUGUUUGGGCAAAACUUCAGCGGGCAUUUGCAAUAUGGAGUGGCUUUGGAAUGACUCUGACUGGAGUACAUACGUGUGGAGAUUAUAUGUUCAGUGGCCACACUGUCGUCCUGACCAUGCUCAACUUCUUUGUCACAGAAUAUACGCCAAGGAGCUGGAACUUCUUGCAUACCUUAUCCUGGGUCCUGAAUCUCUUUGGAAUCUUCUUCAUUUUGGCUGCACAUGAACAUUAUUCUAUAGACGUCUUCAUUGCUUUUUACAUCACUACAAGACUCUUUUUGUAUUACCAUACAUUGGCUAAUACUAGAGCGUAUCAACAGAGUAGGAGAGCAAGGAUCUGGUUUCCGAUGUUUUCUUUUUUUGAAUGCAAUGUUAACGGUACUGUUCCCAAUGAGUAUUGCUGGCCCUUUUCAAAACCUACUAUACUGAAAAGAUUGAUCGGCUGAAGAGUGUGUGGGUCAAUUCAGAUUUUUAUGAAGCAUUAUGGCUAAGAUCCUACAAGGCUAACUGGGGGGGGAUGUAAAGUAACAUUUUUUGCUCCGUGAUCUCCUCCUCCUUGUCUUGUUUCUUAGAUUCUUAGCCAUAAAAUGGGGUUCCCAUACUUCACAGGGAUGUGUUUUGUUUUCUUGUUGCUAAAAUAGAGAACAAUGCAGGGACCAGUAAAGGCUAUCAGUGAACCAUGAAUAUGAAUCAGAAUACUGUUACCCUUAGUAAGGUUCUAUGUGAGUGUUUAAGUAACUCUAACCUCAAAUAUGUGCUUGUACUGAAUAUAAUAUACCCUUUACAGGUCCAUAUAAUCUCUGUUACCUGACAUGCCAGCCUUUACAUAUACUGACUAAAAAAUUAGAACUUUAUGAAGAUUUUCUUUUAAAACAGUCAUAAAUGUAAUUUUCAAAACAAACUCUGUGUAUACUUAAAGAUUGAGGAGUACUGUGUCAUAAUGAGGAAAGCAAUAUAGUUCCUUGCUAAAAGGGUCUCUUAACUGUUAAAUAACAAGUCUUAAAGUAUAAUUGACAGUAUAAAUGGUCUGCGUACAGGUUGCCAAAAAUGAAAGUCUGCCUUGUGGCUAUGCAGUGAUGAUGUUUUUUUAAUGAGAGCUUAUUUAGUCUAGUCUAUCAGUUGUCUAUAUGGUUGUUCUAGCACUUGGAAGUUUUCCCUUUUGUGUUUAAAUAAAUGAGUUAAAGUAAAUGCUACAUCCACAGAAAGUAAAGUCAAUUUAGCUUUAGUGAGUUUAAAGCCACAAAAUAACUUUUGUGUGGUUUUAAUUGCUUUAUACCCAAACCUGUGCAUGCUUUUUAGGAGCAGCUCUUUAACAUUGGAAAAACAGAACAGUUAUCUUCAUUAUAUCUUACUGUCCCAUAAAUGGAUGGGGAAAAUGCAUGUAGUAACUCUUUCAGGAAAAGUAAUAAUAGUGAGUAUUGGAAAUAGUGCUCAUAUUGAUGUAUGUUUUAGCACUCUGGUGUCAACAAUAUGGUGAAUAUCUCUGGAUAUAUACACACAGUAUAUUUGUUUAUAUAUAUAAAUACACACAGUAUAUGUUCUUCUAACAAGUAUGGAAAGAGGCUAGUUCUUAAUUUAAGUUGCUCAUUUACUAUGCUGAAAGAUAAAAGUACCAUAAGCAGUUGAGUUUUGGUUGUUUAAAAAAAAAAACAAACCACAACAAAAUACCCCCCAAAACCCCAAACCAACACUCCAGGUCCAUAACGUGUAAGCGAGGGUCACACAGUUGGUGAUCUCUUAUGUGGUGGUUGUAAGGGGACAAUGCCAACGUUGGCUGUAGAGACUUGAAAUUAGAUUUAUGCUAAAUGAAGACUGAUAGGUAAAAGGUGCAAAUCAUAAAAAUAGUAUAGACUUAUUAAUUUGGUUGUUGCAAUUUCAGAAUAGGUGGUAUCUGCAAAAGUUAGUGUGAGUCAGCCUUGGAAAGUUACACGAAGCAUUUCCAGCUUGGUACAAGCUGACUUAACGGCCACAAUGUACUUAGGUUUGCAUGGAAAAGAAUCCCUUUGAAAUUUUGCAAGACAGUUUUGUAUUCGGAGGCUUGUAAACUACUGUGGACUACUCCUUGCUGUAUUGUGUUCCUUUUAUAUACCUGGAUUGUACUAACUUGAGUAUUUUCCGCUCUUUGUAGUAUAUUACUUUUGUAAUUUAAUUUAGCUCCUAUUCCACAGAGGAACUGUGCAUCUUAGAGUAUCUCUGCCAGCUGUAUUGAGCACACAUACAUUGUACUAUUCUGCAGACUUUUAUAUUUGUAAUGUUCCAAAUUUCUAGCAAAAUUGCAGGUAUAAUACUAUAUUGUUCAGUCUCCCAUAGCCUAAUGGCUCUUGCCAUCCACACUGGGGGAGUGUGCUUACACUUAAGAAAAAAAAGGAGAAAAUAUUCUGAAAGAUUUAAAGACUUUUCAUUUGCUGUUCUUACCUUUCUGAUUUCAGGAAGGCAAUUUGAACAUUGCUCUUGAGACUUUAUAAUCAAAGAGCUCUAUUUGUUAAUUUGUAUUUGCAAUACAGACAUGGUUAUGAAUGCUAUUUUUUAAACGCUAGGAAACGUCUGUUCUCAGGAUGUGCGGGAUUGUACUCGAGUUAUAACGUGUAGAGAAGGAUGCAAUUAAACUGCAAAGGUGUUGAUUCUGAAGAGAACCAUGUCAGUGCUAACUGGCGCAGCUGUGUCUAAACUGAAAAAUUAUUUUGCAACUUAGACAUGCAGGAGAAUUUAAGUACAGCCCAGUGUAACAAUGUUUACAUAAAGUAAAGCUAUCAUUUCAAUACUAUUUUUUUUAAAAAAUGAAGUUCAUAUACUUUGAAACAUAAGGCUUCUCUCUUUGUUCUAAUUUAAUUUUUCAAAUUCUGUUAAGUAAAUCCAUGUUUUAAAUCAGCAUUGCCUAUCAAUGUUUUUUAAAGGAAACUUGUUCUUUUGUGCUGUUUCCCUUGAUGCUAAAUAGCUGAGUCCAAGAUAAGUAAUACACAGAGGUUGGUUUUGUGAGCACUGAGUGGGUUAAAACAUUGUCAGGAUAAUUGUCGUCUUCUAUUUUGGACGUUAAUUUUGUUUGUCUAUAAACACGCAAGAGGAAGGUUUGAAAUUGAUAGAAGACAGAAAAAUCAGAUUUCACACGCAAAAGGGCACAGGUCAGUCUGUAAAGUUGGUAAUGUAAGCUUUAUUGUUCAUUAGAUGGAAACAGGUUGCAAGUAACAGCCUUAAAAUUCUGUACCUCCUUUUGAAAGAGUUAGUGUUUUAAAAGCAUUUUGCUGCUUCUCUGCUGCUGACAAGCACUUCUAAGUAAAGGCAGCAGAGCAUUGUUGGGCCUUGGAUUUAAUGCUAAAUACGUUCAGGGUUGUCCUUCUCCCUCGUGUUCACACACCAGUCUUUUUGCUGUCCUUGAACUUGCUGCGCCUGUUUUGUGCAGUCACCUUCUGUGGGAGCACACACAUAAGCUGAAUUCAGAGUAAUGAACUAAUUACUGCGUUACAUCAGCAAGUGCAAGUGUCUAACGACAUUAGUCUAGUACUACAAAGUGCACAAACUAAUCAAGUAGAAAAGUAUAACCCAGUAACUGGAUAUACAAAAGAAGGGGAGGGCCACAUUUUUUUGGUAGCUUAGCAAAUCUAGUAAUAUUUGAGACUUGACGAUAGUCUUGAGCUCUUCCUUAUUGUUAUCAGUGUGAGGAUACGUAUGCACCUAUCUGAAAGUGAUAGACACAUAGGCACUCCCCCCUCUUCUUUUUUUUUUUUUUUUUUUUCCAUUGUACCUUAUAACACAGCUUCAUAGAAUAGCUUUCCUAAACUUUUUGCCUUUAGUUUUUCCUUUCUGGAAGAUCCCUUAAACUAGUGGUUUUAUGACAUUACACCGGCAUACGGAAAUUAGACUUACAUAGAUGCGGUUUUUUAGCAAAUUCUGAUUACACUGACAAAAGCUUAUGGAAGGAUCUUUAAGCAUGGUUCCUCCAGCUGUUCUUGAAUAAUGAUAUAGAAAGCUUCCAUAUAUGUUAAGUAUCUUCGUGUCCUCUGGCAAACACGAUAACGCUUACACAGAGCGUUGGUACAGAAAUGUAGAUAGGCAUGAAGUAUUUAAAUGUCCACGACUAGCAAGAAUUAGAUCCUGUAAGUAUGCUGCUUGUGAUGAAGCAAAUGAUAUGCUUAACUUUCAGCAAAUCACUAAAUACUCUGACUUCAGUGAGGGUUACCACUUUAGUUUAAGCGUUUUCUUGGAUAAGGCCAAGUGCGUGCUGUGCAUGGUAUACUGCUACAGUAAUGGGAAUAGGUAAUGUCACUUUCUUUUUAGUUUUCCCUGAUUUCUUCCCCCACAUCUACUAUAGAAGAAAACGUUCCAGUAGAAUUUAAAAAAAAUUACUACUUAACUGGGUUC